AUGCACAAGAUUUCCAACUUCACGGGCCAGGCCCGUCAUGGUUGGGAACGAAUGACGCCGACCUUUGGGAUGUCCCGACCUCACACCACCGACAUGGCCAUCCGCCGACCACACGGUGCGCCGCCCAUGACGCCCCCGUCGAGUAUCGACCCUACCGUCAAUCAGUCCUUCAACGUGCCCUUCUCCUCUACCUUGGCCGGUCCCGACGUCGAAGACGUGAUCCACGCUAGUCCCGCCGCCCUUCAGCGCUGGACCUUCCCCGAGGGCACCCCCGAGGGAACCCCGGUACACCAGCUGCCUGUGCACACCAACAACGUCGAGGGUUUGCGGAGACUAUGCCGGCAAAUAACGGAAAGCAAUGCAGGACGGGUGGAGGCUUCUUUGACAUCCUCGGAGCCCAAGGCUGUGCCUUCGCUACAGCGCCGGCCGAAUGGUCUGAUCACCAAUGUCUGCGUCACGGGCGAUGGUGAGACAGUGCGGAAGAUGCGAGCAAAGAUCUUGAACGAAACCCCGAUCAUGCUGCGGUGCGCGACUGUUGACGUCGAUAUGCACCUGAUUAUGGACGGAUCGCCCAAAGGAGUUCGCCCGAGCGUCCUCGAACACCUGGAUACCCUGGCCGCCUACACUGGAACUGAUAUUUUCCUGUUGACCCCGAAGCUUCACGAUGCGGAUAGUGCGGUGGUUUCGUCUUACGGUUACGCUUCUGACAAUGGACUGGACCAACGCUUCCGGCUCGCCAUCUACGGAGACAUGGAGAGCACGGAGCAUGCCAAGACGCGGGUGCUCAUCAUGAUCGACCAAAUCCUCAAACGUCAUGUGGACGCUAUGAAGCUGGAGUUGACCAUGCACACCCUAGUCUGUGGCCGCACCCGCAAGAACAUCAAGCUCAUCGAGGCUGCUACCGGCACCGCCAUUUACUUUCCCCCACCAUUCCCACGAAUCUUCGGCUAUACCCCUCCCGGUGCUAAUCGCCGGAGUGAGGACGAGGUUUUCAUCACGGGCGAGACCCCGGAUCAGAUUGCUCGGGCCAAACAAAAGCUGCGGGAGUUGGUGAUGGGAGUCAAAAUCUACGUGAAGGAUGUGGUGGUCAAUUCGAGCAAAAUCGAUAACAUCCUGCUCGAUCGUCUGGACAAGGUUCGCAAGGUGAUGGAAAUGAACGGUUCUUACGUUCUGUUUCCGCAACUCGGUAGCCAGCGCGGUCUCGUUCGUAUCCAAGGCACGGAGGUCUUGCAUGUCGAACGGACCGUCCGGGAGAUCAUGGCUCUGGCUGGUCAAUUCUAUAGUGCGUCGUGGUGGAUCAUCAUGCCGGACCCAGCCCAAGGCGGUGUUCGUGCUCCGUCCACUCCCGAAGUCCGGUCCAUGCUCUCGGAUAUCUGUAUCAACUCGGAAGCAGAGGUCAGCUUCGACAACCUCACCUUCACCAUAAAUGGAUCCGACGACGCGGUCAAGGCUGCGAUGACAGUCAUCAACCAAAUCCCCUUUGUGACGCGCAGUCAAUACCAGAUGCGGGUCAAGAUUGAACUGGCCAACGAGCACAAGGAGUUCGUCAGUGGCAAGAAGAACGGGAAGAUCAACAAGAUCAUGGGUCAGAGCAAUGUCCAAAUUAUCUUUGACGGAUUCAACGAGUACAACUUCUACAUCGAUGUGUGCGGAAACCAAUACGAUUCGACCAAGAAUGGCCUGGAUCUGGUGGAACAGGAAAUGCCUGCGUCCAUUUCCUUCCAUGUCCCGGACCAGUACCAUAAGCGGAUCAUCGGAAUCGGUGGACAGCACAUCCAACGCAUCAUGAAGAAGUACUCUGUUUUCGUCAAAUUUUCCAACGCCAUGGACCGCGGCGGAAUGGGCAAGGAAGACGAUGACAUCAAAGUUGACAAUGUCAUCUGCCGGACACCAGCUCGCAACGCGCAGAGCCUGGACCUUGUCAAGCAGGAGAUCAUGGACAUGGUCGAGAAAGUUGAUGCCGAAUACGUGUCCGAGCGAGUUGUUAUCAACAGGCUGUAUCACCGUGAACUGCUGGCCCGCAUGACCGAGAUUGACGAGCUGGAGAAGAAGUGGAACUGCAAGAUCGAGUUUCCCAGCACUGAGCUUGCGAGCGAUGUUGUGGCCAUCUCCGGUCCCGAAUACCAAGUUCCCCAAGCCGUGGAUGCUCUACUGGGUAUGGUCCCGGAGAGCCAUGAGCUUCAUUUCCAGAGCUCUACCGAACUCCGCGAGUACUUUAAGGCCCCCGACUUCAUCGCAGAUGUUCGGACCAAACUCAAGGAGCAGUACGAGGUCGAUAUCACGGUGGACGUUAAUACCGAUCUACCUUCGACGCCCGAAGAUGGAUCAUCCCCAACUCCUGCUGGCCCCGAGGAUCGAGUGGUGCUCGGAUAUACACGGAACAAUGCUGGCGGUCUGAAGGAUGCCAUCGACUUCUUGAUAUCUGUGCUUGUGGCCCACGGACUCGAUGCGACAACGGUCAAGGGAGCUAUCCCGCGCCCCAAGUCUGACUCGUUUGAAGAGUCGUUGCCAUUCUUCGACUCGAAGCUCUUACAGCACGCCCCGACACCGCUUGUGACCGACUCGCCGACUCGACCCAACUUCUCCGACGAGGCCAGUGAGCGGGGCUCGAUCUUCGAGCGUCUCCGUAAGCCAGGCAGCAUCUCGUCCUUCUCCUCGUUCAUCGGCCGCAAGAACCACUCCGCCUCGCCGGGCUCGUUCUUCAAGCACGCCUCCAGCAACGCCUCCAAGGCGUCCCUGGUCUCAAUGGAAUCGCGAGACAGCGGAUACCGCAACCCCUGGAACGAUUCCGGCGUCAACCUCCCCGAGGAUGACCUGCCCGUCCUGGGCAGCUCGCACAGUCACAAGAGCAGCAACAGCAACGGCGGCUGGCCGGCGCGCUUUGACGGCAAAUUCCCCUUCGGCACGGCCCCUGGCGACAUGACCCCUAAGCAUGACCUGCGCGCCUCUUUUGACAGUGGUCGUCCUAGCACUUCAAAUUCUACUUCUGGAUACCCGGCCCCGAUUGGGCCACCGCGUUAA